UAAGCGUUUCCCAGUCUUCGGGGAAAUCUAAUUUCACGAACAGAUCAGAGGCUCUUCAAGCGCAGCUUUUCAGUUGCCAUCCACCGGGGGACAAACGGGGAGGAGGGAGUUUGUCAGAAAAGACCUUCUCUGAGCCCAAGAGUGAUUACCAGAGGUGUCUCCAUCGACUGCCACCCACCUAAAGUCGAUAGUACUCGAAUGAGUACGCCGGUGCGGACUAUAUAAGAGAAGCGCAUGGCCCUGGAGGGCGCAUCCCCCCUCCCCGGGCUCAGCACCGACCGCCCCGCUCCGCGCCCGGCGGAGCCUCCGCGGGGACACGGGCUUUCGGGCGACGGCAGAGGACGUCUGUUCCCGGCCCGAGGCCGCUCGCCGGGGUCUGCCCGUGCUUGAAGGAAGCGCCGCAGAGAUGCGAGGGGCGACGAAACGCCAGGCGCUGCCCGCCAUCGUGCUCCUGCUGCUGGCCUCGGCCCCGCCGCCGCCGGGCGCCGAGGGCAGGGACGUGCCCGCCGCCGGAGCCGAGCGGGGGGCGCUCCUCGACCUCCUCCUGCAAGCCCUGGGCGACGACGGCCGCCCGCUGCCCCCCCGGCCCCCGCGGCGGGACCGGGUCAUCUCCCGGCGGUACAGCGGCGGCGCCCCACCGCCCGACCCCAGACCCAUCACGGCCGCCGCCGCCGCCGUCCCCCGGCAGCCCCCUGCGGUACGAGAAAUUUUCCCAAGAGAUUCCAGUCUAAAAGACAAGUUCAUAAAACAUUUUACAGGGCCAGUCACAUUUUCAUCAGAGUGUAGCAAGCACUUUCAUCGGCUGUAUCACAACACAAGGGACUGCUCAACGCCAGCUUAUUAUAAAAGGUGUGCAAGGUUGCUAACAAGAUUAGCAAUGAGCCCUUUGUGUACACAGUCCUAGGAUGUUUGUUAUACUUUCUACUAAGGAGAGAAUUCUGAUUUGCCAAGAAAGUGCCUUGAAAUCUUCCAAGACAGAGAAGACAUCUUUUACCUUUUUGAUUUACAACAUUUUGUUACUAGAUGCAUUUUAUUUUCAUAUAUUUGUUGGGACAUUCCAUAUUUGUGUGAAACAUUAUUUUAUUUUAAUUUGUAAAUUUGUUGCCUAUAGUUCAGACAAGCCAAUUAUUUAAAUACAUUGUAUAUAAAGAAUACUAAUAAUAUACUGAUUAAAUGUUAUAACCACAUGCAGGGAGUUGGUAAAAAAUUGCUGUUUCUCUUGUUCCAUUGUAUUUACAUCAUUUUGCUCAGGCUCUCACUUUCAUUAUUUGCACUAACUUGAAAUGCUGAAGUCUAUGUAACUGAAAUCUGAAUAAGCUGUGGGGAAAUUUUACUUGCCAUGGAAAAUAUUUUAUAUUAUGAAGCUUUGUUAAUAUAUACAUAUAUAUUAUUGCGCAUCAGAAGAAAAAAUGCUCAGAAAUGCACCUUGCUUUCAGGAACAUUUGUAUGACUAUUUGGGAUUAUCAUCAGUUACAUUUGUACUGGCACUUAUGGAAAGAGUUGCAAAUAAUGUAAAUAUAAAGACUGGAAAACUGCAAUGCAGUUUUGGUGGAAUAAAGAACAUAAAAAGAA